GUCACCUGGGCUCAACGCUCCUCCAAAUCCGACGCGGAGAAGAACCACGUCUACCUCACCAUCUCCGUCCCCGACGUCAGCCCCUCCAACAUCAAACUCGACCUGCAACCCACCCACCUCGACUUCACCGGCUACUCCGAAACGAAAAAGGCCACCUACCACGUCCAUCUCGACUUCUACGCCGACAUCGAGCCCGCCAAGAGCAAGAUCAACCAUACCCCGCGCGAUGUCGAGAUGGUGCUGCAGAAGAAGGAGUUGGAUGAGGCGUACUGGCCGCGGUUGUUGAAGGAGAAGGCCAAGGUGCAUUUCUUGAAGACGAAUUUCGAUAAAUGGGUCGACGAAGACGAACAAGAC